AUGUCGAAGCACGAUUUCCGACAUCCUUACACGCCCUAUGCGAUACAGCUUGACUUUAUGCAAGAGCUAUAUGAGACGCUAGAUGCUGGUAAAAUCGGGAUCUUCGAGUCACCUACCGGCACGGGCAAAUCGCUGAGUCUGAUUUGUGGUUCUUUAGCCUGGCUACGUGAUCAAUCCGUUGUGCUGCCCUUGACGGAAGCACAAGGAAAUGAACCGGCUUGGAUACUGGAGCAAGAGCGAGAAAAUGCUAUAAAGGCGUAUGAAGAGAGGCAAAAGGAGAUGAACCAAAAGCUGUCACGAAUACGUCAAAAGGAGCGGGCCGCUAGGAAAGGAGCCUCACAGCGCAACAAACGACAAAAAAUGGCUGCAAAGAGUGAAUCACUGGCAGAGGAAGACUUCCUAGUACCAGACUACGACUCUGAUGACAGCAAAAUCUCGAGUGUCGCAAAGCCAGUUUUCUCUGCAGAGGUUGAAAAGCUACUUGAGCAGAUGGGACACCCUUCUGUAGCCCAAGAGGGUGACAAAGAAGACGAUUACCCGGUUGCACGAAAAAUCUUCUUCGCAAGUCGCACACAUUCACAAUUGUCGCAAUUUACCCACGAAUUACAACGCGUCCAUCUAGAUGGCGACGACUCUGUCAAGCAUAUAUCCCUGGGAUCACGCAAGAACUUGUGCAUUCAUCCAAAAAUCUCUAAACUCUCCCCAGAGAAUUUGAACGAAGCAUGCCUCGAGUUGCAGGAUGGAAAAACUGCUCAAGACCAGAAGUGCAAAUUUCUUCCGCUAACAGAGAGCCUCAAGCAAGAUUUCCGAGACAGGGCUUUAGCAACUAUUCAAGACAUCGAGGAUCUCGCCCAACUCGGCAAAGAGUUGCAAGUUUGUCCUUACUACUCCAGCAGACUGGCUAUCGCUCCCAGUGAAGUCGUCACUAUGCCGUACCCAUUGCUCUUGAAUAAGACGGCUCGAGAAUCACUUGGCGUUGAUUUGACGGAUCAGGUUGUCAUAAUUGACGAGGCUCACAAUCUGGUGGAUGCGGUUGCCAGCAUCUCUUCUGCUAGCAUCAGUCUCGCACAGCUCGAACGGGUCGAGGUGGCAUUAAACAUAUACUUGACCAAGUUUGCAAGACGACUGAAUGGUAAGAACAAGAUGUACAUUCAGCAAUUGGUCAUGCUGUCUCGAGGCAUUGCCAAGGCACUCACAUCUUGCAAGAACAAGAGAGACGGUCAGCUCACCCCAGCAGACCUCUUGACUGGGUCGUCUGAUACAAUUAAUAUAUCCAAGAUCUCUGCCUACUUGACGUCUUCCAAGCUCGCACGCAAAGUGGACGGCUAUUCUCAGUCAAUCAUAUCAGAUGAGAACAAGGUCAUCAAGACGACCCCAGUUCUGACGCUUCUUCAAGGGUUUCUGGAGUGUCUGGCGAAUCCAUCCUCUGAGGGACGCUUCUUCUUCGAGACGAGUCAAGGCAGUGUGGUCGCUAAGUAUAUGCUCCUCGAUCCAUCACAUGUCUUUGCAGCAGUUGUCGAAGAGGCCCACAGCGUUAUCCUGGCUGGUGGCACCAUGGAGCCCAUGGACGACUACAUCAAUCUCCUCUUUCCAUCGCUUCGUCCGCGUGUCAGUAAGUUCUCUUGCGGGCACAUCAUACCAAAGGAAAACCUGUCUGCCAUGGUGCUCUCGUCGGGCUCGGCAGGCCAGUCGUUUGAAUUUAACUUUGAGCGCAGAAGCAAUCAAGCCAUGCUCGAAGACCUUGGUCGAAGCAUUCGGAAUUUGCUUGGCAUCAUUCCAGAUGGGGUAGUUGUCUUUUUUGCAAGUUAUGCCUAUCUAGAGCAUGUCUUGGAUGUCUGGAGGCGACCAGAACUAGGCAUCUAUGAACAAAUCAGCGCCAAGAAGCCAAUCUUCCUUGAGCCCCGAGACGGCUCCGUGGACGAGAUGCUUCGAAAUUACACUCUAUCGAUAGAGUCCAACAAAGGUGGCGUUCUCUUUGCUGUUGUCGGAGGUAAGAUGAGUGAGGGGAUCAACUUUAGCGAUCGGAUGGGUAGAGCCGUCAUCAUGGUCGGAUUGCCUUUCCCCAAUCCGAAUACUGCAGAGUGGAAGGCCAAGUUGGCAUACAUGAGUCAGGCGGCGACCGACAGGCAUCUGCUAGAGAACACAAACUCGACUCGCGAUGAAGCGCAACGCGUGGGUAAAGAGGCCGGGCGAGAAUUCUAUGAAAAUGCCUGCAUGCGUGCAGUCAACCAAUCAAUUGGCAGAGCCAUUCGCCACAAGGGAGACUAUGCGGCCAUUAUUUUGCUGGACAAAAGGUAUGGUCAGGAGCGAAUCCAGAAGAAGCUGCCGAACUGGAUCAAGACUGGACUUCGAACAGAACCUCUCUCAUUCUCCCAGUGUGUCUUGCAGUCUGCAAGCUUCUUCAAAAAGCCGGCGCAAAGCAGCAUCGGCUAG